AUGUUAUUCCACCAUGACGUCGACACCCACGCCGAGGAUCUUAGGAUCGCCCUUGCGACUGCCGCCCAUGUCGAUGCUGACGAUCUGGAUAUAGGCCCUCAUAAGGUUCGACUUGCAGUCCAAGAACAGUACCUUGAAGGGCUAGCUGCAAUAGAUGAUGUAGUUGCCGUUGCCGAUAUUGGAUUCGACAAAGGAAGCACCCAAGAUGUACAUGAAGCAUUUACUGGACGCGUGAAGAAACUAUACCCGUUAGGAAGGUCAACCUCAGGUAAAACUGGUCACCCAGACGGGCAUGGCACACAAGUCCGUAGCUCAGUUCUCGGAGACGGGAAUUCUAAAUCGAUGGGCGGCAGAAUCCGUGGGAUCGCAGCGAAAUCCACACUCGUCGUUCAGUCACUGCUUGACGGUCGCGGAAACCUGGGAGGACGCCAGCUGCCCCAUGAUGCAAGUAGUUCUGAGAUCGAUAGAUUCGUUUGGGAACAUCCUGAUAUUGUGGUUUUAUUUGCUGCGGGCAAUGACGGUAUGGAUAUAGAUCGCAACGGAGUCAUCGACGAUCGGCUCUCGAGCAGCUGCAAAGAACUGCAUCACCGUCGGCGCAAGCGAGAACCGCCGCCCGAACAUUCCUAUCAAAUGGAAUGGCCGCAUUCAGCAGUCGAGGGCUUACAAAGGAGGCGCAUCAAACCCUAUGCCGUUGCCCCCGGAACUGGUAUCCUUUCCACUCGCUCCCACAAUCUUUUGAGCCCGGGCGAACGAUUGGGGCACAGCGAUGAUCCGAAUUACUGGUUCCUAGCAGGAACCAGCAUGGCCACACCGCUCGUAGCUAGGGCCGUCGCAGUGCUACGCGAAUGUCUUACCCUAUGCGCUGGCUUGGAGCAUUCAACAGACCUCUUCAACCGGGUAAUUGAUGGUUACAUUGCUCUUGCUAGCAAUUUCUCACUCCUCUUUUCUUUAUCACAUGGGGUUUUCCGAGAAAAUUAA